CGUUCGGCUGUCAAAAAGGAAAUCGUACACAAACAAGCAGCUUGUUAUUUACAUUUUCAGUGCAUUCGUUGCGUAUUUUAGAUAAAGAUUGUUAAAAUAAUAUUUUCUAGUGGAAACACCAACAUGGCUUCUAAACAUAAUUUUAACGUCGAAGAGUUACUAUCCGGGUUUGAUUCGAUGAAAAUAUCCGCCCUAAGGAAUGCUGCCAAGCUAUCCCCUCUGAUAAAGGAACGCACGAUUGGGCCCGAUUGUGUUGAUCUCUCGCAGAAGAAAGUCGCUGGCCCGCCAUCACCCGGCAAGGUGGAAAGUAAUGAUGCGACCAAAGAGAAUGAUCCUAACCUAUCCAACGAAGGACCAAGCACGAACGGUACACCAAAGUCGGUGGAAAAGAAGAAACCCACCACGGCACACUUUAACGCCACCGUACAUAACGAUGCAGCGGAUUGUGCAGCGGUCCAGCUGAAACUACACCAACAGGACAUCGAACGACAGCGGGUGGCCAGUGUACAGAAGACACUGGCCGAACGGCAAACAAAAAUUCGCCUAGCGGAUGAGGUGCGUGAAGCACAGCUUGCCGAAAACCUGCAGCAAGCAGCCCUGAAUGCCGCCCGCAAGGAAAAGGAUACGGAGCAACGUUUGCUGAAUGCAAUGAAGGAGCAGGAAAAGCUAGCCCAAGAAGCGUCAGCCCGAAGGCAGGCUGAAAUUGAGCAGGAAAACAGGAGGUUGAAUGAUAUUCAGGCACAGUUGAGGAGGCGCCAGGAAGAGAUGCGAAAGAAGGCACAGCUGCUGGAUGCGUUACGCACCCACAUCGGACAGUUCCGUGUCGGGACGGAAACGUUUACCAAAGCACUGACGGUGAUCGGUGUGCAGCAUGCAACGAAAUUCACCAACCAGAAGAAAUCGGUCCGGGUGCUGCAGAAAGAUUUUGAGCUGUUGCUGCAAACGGUCAACACCAACCAGGAGGUUAGUCAAGCGGAAGUGGAUCAGGCAGCCGAAUAUUGCAAGCUGCUCGAUCAGGUAAAUGCUGAGGUGACGGAAAUAUUGGCACAAAUCGAAGCCAGCCAGAAGCAGCAACAGGAGGAACAGGAAAAGCUGGAGCAAGCGAAAGCAGCGGAAGUACCGGUCGUUCCGGCCUCCGGCCAAGAGCAACCGGUGCAGCAAACCGACACGAAGCCAACCGAUAGUACGGACAGUGGCACCGGUGUAACACCGGCAGCAUCGGCAACCGCACCGGCACCGGCCAUCACCUCGCAAGCAACGGACAAUGAACCUUUCUUCCAGCCAGUCUCGCCCGAGUGUCUACAGUUCUACAAUGAAAUAAAAAGCUUCUACGAACAGCAUCAGACGGCGGUGAAACAGCUGAUGGAUGAUCCUUCGAUGAAAGCGUAUCGAUUCAACUGCCAAAAAGCAAUCAAUGUGCCGGUUAAUGCAAUUUCGGCUGUUAACAGGGAUCAUUUCAUCGAUAAGUAUCAAAAGCUGGCCGCUUUACUGAGUGGCCAGAAUGUGAAGGCUGGCGACGGGAUGGUGUCCAUCAACGGGCAUCCGCUCGGCCGGACGUACUGUACGAUGCUGUUGGCCAAAAAGUUUGUGAGUCAAGCCGAUACAAGCAUUUCGAGCAAUGCGAGUGCCGCCUUUCCGGUCGCCGCCAUCGCCGUCGCGUUGUGGCAACGGUUUCCCGACUUUGGUCGCUUCUUUCUCGCCUAUCUGCACCGCGAGUGUCCUUAUCUGGUACCGUACUAUCUGCCCCAGCUCGAAGGUCAAUCGCAGGAAGAUUUUCUCAAAACGCUUGGCUAUCGGUUCGCUGACGGUGGUGUGCUCGAGAAGCAGGACCAGUAUCUGAAGCGCAUGUCCGGUUUGGCCCGGCUGUACGCCGCCGUCAUCAUAACCAUCCCGCGGAAAGAUGAUCCAACGCCGCAUCCUCACGGGCUCGAGUACGGGUGGCGGUGGCUGACGAACAUUCUGAACCGCUUCCCGCAGCCCGACAUCUGUGCGACGCUGCUGGCGGAAUUUCUGCAGACGGCCGGUGCGGAUCUGCACGCGGCGUACGGGAAACAGUUCAUCAAGGUGCUGCAGGUGCUGCGGGGUGAUUACAUGACGGCGCUGAACCGUAUCGAUACCGGCGGACCGAAGGCACGGUUGGAGGGAUUGGUAGGGAAAAUGUUGAACCUGCUGGCCCUGGAGGGCCGUGUCGAACGACCCGAGGGUAUGUUGAGCGUUAAUUUUUGGUAAAUAUGUAAAUAUUACCCUUUCCUUCCGGGGAGUGGGGGUUGUUCUUUCCAAGUCCAGCUUACACCUUUGCGAAACCUUUUUCGUUUGUUAUUAUAAACAAUUUUGUAUUACGCGGUUUUUGUUUUUGAUCUAGUAGUGCACCGGGUUUCCGUAACUCCGCCUAGCCGCCUCCCCCCAUGUAUUGCAGCACUUUCUUUAGAGGGUGUAUCCCAUCGAGAUCACACGAGACCGUCAACUUACUAAACACCUAAGUAGGCCGCGCGAGAGAAAACUCAUCUCGUGUGUAUUGUUCUUCGCAUGGUGCUGGGAGGAGGAGCAAUCGUAAAUUAAAAUCGGGGGGGUAUUUACUACAGAAAGAAAACGGAUAAGAAAUAAUUAAUGUAAAUCUCACCAACUUUUUGCUACGCAAAUGUGAGUUCAGUUUGAAUUGGGAGUUGGUGGGAAAGCAUUGUGAGCAUUUCCUGUUUUCAGUACGAUCGAACGGGGGAGUAUACAAUAAUAUAGCUACACGGGAUCGGCUAGGGUCGCAAGGGGACGAUUAGGCAGCGAGCGCUUCCAGCUCGCGCUCCACAAUCUUCCGGUACUCGUCGAAGCCUCCCUCGAUGCUCUUAACCGUGCCUUCGCCACAAACCCACAGCUCUUUGCAAAUCAUGCGAAUCAAGCGUUCGUCGUGGGAUACGAGAAUCACGCCGCCCUGUGACGAGAGUCCGAAUGAAUGGCAAGCAACAAACGAAGAAAAAUGUAAAUAAAUAGAAGAAAAUUCUUUCACAAACUCCA